AUGUACGACGACAACCAAAUCACUGGAUCAUACAGCUUCUUUAAAGGUACACUCGAUUACUGUCCAUCACAGUUACUGGACGGCUUAGAGCCUCUGCUGGCCAAAGGUGGGUGUGUCGUCGACUACCAUUCAUGUGAACUAUUCCCUGAGAGAUGGUUCGACUUGGUUAUUGUAUUGCGAACGGAUACAGCCCAUCUGUACGACCGCUUGUUGGCCAGAGAAUACGGCAAGAAGAAGUUAGAAGAUAACAUGACGUGUGAGAUCAUGAACGUGCUGCUGGAGGAGGCCAGGGACAGCUAUAAAACCGAUAUCGUGGUGGAGAUGAACAGUAAUACAAUUGAGGACAUGGAGGACAACGUUGAGAAUGUGACUAAUUGGAUAGCAAACAACUGGAAGCCUGUUCAAUGA